AUGGAACCACCUGUUGACGUGAAAGAUCGCCUUCGGGCUUCAUACAAUGCGAUUACACCAGCAUACAACGCCUGGACAGCGCGUCACAACGAACUUCGCAUGAAAUACCUCGGUAAACUUCUCAAAUCCUGCCCAGAACUGGAAUCAGCCGGCAAUACGGCGAAGAAACAAGUGCUUGAGCUUGGAUGCGGUUCUGGAAGUCCUUUUAUCUCAACUCUGCUCGCUCGAGCACCCUCUGUCUACGUGCACGUCAACGACCUUUCAAACGUUCAACUAGGACUUGCUCGACACAAUCUAGCUGCAUAUCAAGAUCGUGUCGAAUUCCAUCCCGGCGACAUGAUGAAACUAGACUUUGCGCCUGGUUCCCUCACAGCAGUCGUGGCUCUGUACAGCAUUAUUCACUUGCCACAAGAAGAACAAAGGGAGAUGAUACGGCGAAUUGGUAGAUGGCUUGCACCAGGCGGUGUCUUUCUGUCUACGUUUGGUACUGAUGAGGCGUCAGUUAUUAUCGAUGAGAAGUGGAUAGACGAAAAGGGCUGGAUGUUUUGGAGCGCGCUUGGUAAAGAAGGGGUUAUCAAGGCGUUGACUCAGGAAGCUGGAUUGGAAGUUCAACAUGCGGUUUUGGAAGAAGAUGCAGAUGAUAAGUUCUUGUGGAUUAUUUCAAAGAAGGCUAACAUCUAG